CGCAUUCAUGAGACUCUUAGUUAAUUCUUCAUAUAAAUUUUGCUUUUCCUUUUUAUUUUUGACUGCACCAAAUUGUAGCGAAAACGUGAAAUUCUUGCAACAAAUUAACACAUCAACAAAUUUGCGAUAAACGCGAACAUGGAACCCCACAAACAAUUAUACCUUUACGAUAUUUUAGUGCUCAGCUCAGAUCCACCAUUGGCCGGUGACGAGGACUCUGCUCUUGUGUAUAGUGUCCGCUUAUUUAAGGAGUUCGUGGACAUACCGCUCGAUCGGCAAGUCGAGCAGGGUUUUCCCAAUGAGCCAUUGGGGCAAUUGUUGGCGAGUCCGUGCGAGCUAACGGGUGCCCUGGCGGCGGGCGUUUGUGUGACCCUACGCCGUGACAAUGAAGUGCUCGGGUCUGGGCAAGGCACAUUACCGCCAUUGUUCUUGCGGCAACUGUCAGAGCCCACUUUUGUGGCCACGCAUGUGAUGCAAGUGGAGCUGCUUAAGCGUAAAAAGCCCGUGGCCACUGUUGAGCUCAACAUCAAGAUGCAGUCCACACAUCCGGAUCUGGACCCUAGCAUGGCGGCAUUUGGCUGCUUCGAUGUCUGCCGGCCAUUAGACAAGACUGUCAAUCCACGUGACAUCAUCUUUACGUUAGGUCGCUCCAAGACGAGUCCGGCAACGACGGCAAUUACGGACCAGCGAUUGAUGGACCAGGCGGCGUUUCCAUUCACUUGUCAGCACAAGGCCAGUUCGCCCGAGGCUCCAGGCUGCAAAUGCGUUCUGCGGGGCACAACAGCGCUGGAUGCCGAUGCCGAUGCAAGACAGGAACGUGCUGACUUGCAGCGCUUGCUGACGGAGCUUAAUUUGGAUGAGAGGUCCUUGCCGGUGCCCCCACUUAGUCAUUUACAGGCGCGGCAGCAGUCCACCUGCAAAUGCAUGAGAAUGCAAACGUCGACGGACUCGAUUACCGAAGACCUGGAUCGCCUCUGGUCUGAGAAUGGACAAAACGACUUCGAUGCGGCCGAGACGGCGGUAGCCCAGCGCGAGAAAGCAGAAACUCGCAAGAGAAACUUGGGUGUCAACCAGCAGGCCAAGUCGCCGCAACUUACCGAAGCAGUUCCGGCUCGGCCGACGCUCUGCGCUUUGUGCAGCGCUGAUAUCGGGUGGGUGCCGCCCUUGGCCGCGUGUCCUUACUGUGGCUUUAAGAGUUUCACCGAGCCCGCAGAGAAGCCCUACGACGAGACAGCAACUGCCAAGGAACUACUCUACAAUUACUUCCACGAGCGCAGGAAAGGGUGCCAAGCUGCCUCUGACGAGGACAAUUCAGUACCAGCUGCAGCUGCGGAGGACGAGGAGCAGGAUCCUAAUGUGCCAGCUCAAUGUGCUUGCGUUUCGGGGCGGACCUGCACGCGGUGUCGCAUUCGCAAGCUCUGCGAACAGAUGUUUAAGGAGUCCAACAUCAAGCAUCUGCAUGUGCUACCAAAUAGUACGAAGGAAACGGAAAAGGAUAAGUUAGAAAAGAGGGAGUCCACCGUGUCGCAGCGACGCACGCAACUCGUAAAGAUUUUCACCGAAAUGCGAAAUGCCUACGACAGGAAAAAAUCAACUGCGACGUUGCUGAACGAACCUGAGGAGAAACCGGCCGAGAAUUAUUGCAAGAAACGGAAGGGUGGUAGAAAGUCGGCCCGCACUUGCAAAUCCGAGACGUUGAAGAGAGUGCUAGCGGAGCUGGAACAAACGUAUACGGCCAAGAAAUGUAAGCGAAGGCGUAUUGUUCGUCCUCGAUCCAAACGCUACACCUUUUUCAAAAAGAAGCUUGUUCCCCGUUCCAAUCGCAUUGGCCACCGCUGCUGUAUAAGCGAUAGCGCCCAUGCGGGCUACUCCAAGAUACCCUGUCAUAUGGGUUGGAUGUGGACAAAGAACGAGCUGGCUCGCUAUAAGUGCUGGAAGCCCGGAGCCAUUGCCAAGCCCAUACGUACACUCAUGUCCUAUUUUCUACGGGACUAUCCCUUGGAUAGAAUCUGCAUAUCGCGAUACCACUAUCGCCGGCGCAAACGUGUAGACCCCGUGGAGGAGGAGCCGCUGGUGCAGCAUCCAACGCUUCAUAUCAGCAAGAAGAACGAUGAGUACACAAUCACACUACGUCCUUUGAAGGAGCCCAAGGCUCUGGCCGUGUGCGCCAAUCCUUAUGCCGAUAUGAAGCCCGUCGUCUUUCGCAUUACCAAGGAUCCACUGCUGGCAGAGCAACGACGUCUUAAGCGGGCACUCAAAAAGCUUGGCUUCGAAUAUUGUCGUUGCCAGCGACCUGUAGCUAAAUGCUGUUGCCGGAGCUAUAUAGACAAGAAGCGUGUAUCGUUUGAGUUGGAGAAUCUAUGUCGAGAUCAUGGCGUAGCCAACAUGGUGGACACAUUUGUCUACUCCGAGUCCAGCGACAGUGAGGCCGAAUAUGAUUUUGGAGUAACGCCACCGGCGGGGCUCACCAAACCUGAACGACUCAAGGUCACCAAUGUGGCUAACUGCCAGACGCAGUAUUGCGAGAAUGAUUGGGCCGAAUACACUAUGUUUCCACAUCAACCGAACGCCCUAACACAGUACGCUGCGUGUACAGGCGGAGAGCGUAAGGCUAUGUUCCCCUGGAUCUAUGGCAAGGGCAAUGUGCAUCAAGAGCCCAAGCCACCCAAAAUGCGUAAUCUGCCGAAAAAGGCGAAGGGAAAAUCAAAGGGAUAAUAGAUCCAGCCACGCUGGAAGCUUAUUAUAAUCAUGACAAGAUUUCUCCGCCUAGCAGAAGACAACAAAAAAAAAAAAAAUUAUCUGUUCAUUUAAAACUGUUUUUAAAUGGACACAUUACAAAAAGUAAUAAAGAAACUCAAACAGUA